AUGUUGGGAGCUCAAGCGCUGAGGACAAAACAGGUACCGUACUUUCAAAGUUUCUCAUACAGAAUUCGACAAAGAUUCAAUGAAAUAUCCAUACGUACGACAAUGCGUCUGAUGUUCGGAUAAGAAUGGAAGCUAUGAGCAUUUCAUUCUGAACAAGCGAUUUAGUUUAUAGUUUCGAAUAUAUUUGGGCUGAGAACUACCUAUUUCCAAGAAGUUGUCAUUCGCUUUUUUGUUUUUUCGAGUCUAAAAACAUUUGUUCAUAAAUUACCACGUCAUUUUGACGGGAAAUCGUUAAGUCGUGUAUGAAUAAUGAGCUCAUUUAUACUUUUUACUGCCUUUCAAGAAAAAAAUAAAGGAAUUUUUUUCUGUGAAGAUUAUUAGAAAAAAAGUUUUUCAAUAAAAGUUCUACAGCAAUCUUUUUUUUUGGAUUUUUCAUAGAAUUUCUCUUUCAACUCAAAACUUUUUUUAAAGUUUCUAGUCUGCAUCGGCGCAUUCUUGUCUCAUUUACCAAUAUUUAUAGCCGAAAGUCAGUCGAAAGACCGCCCGACCACUGAGACCAAAAAAGCACGUCAUUUUUUCUAGUUGCAAGAGUCUUUUCGGAGCCAAAAUCAGCGGGUCUUCUGAAUUCAGAAGACGUCGUACGCGUUCCUUCCGGUUUGUGGCCCAAAUCGGCCUUUCGCGGCUCAGAAGAGGUCAUUUUUGGGUUGACGGAGAUUUCUAACGCGGAUUCUAUCCACAGAAAAGAAAUGGAGACUUUUUGGUUUUUUUUUCGCAUUUUGAAGUAUAUUCAAAAGAACUUGAACAAUAUUUGCGUGAUGUUAUUUUUGUCCUGUGGAUGGGUCAUACUUCCAUGAAUUUUGGACGGAAACUCGUGGGUGGCCUCGAUAUUAAUAGGUGGAAGAAAAGGCAUUGUUCGAGGAAUGAAUUGAAUAAGUUGGCGGAGGCUUUUAUGGCUCAUUCAAUCAGCCGUGUAUCCUUUUUAUUUAGCUGCUUCUUUCGAGGAAAGAUCAAAAAAGACUGGCGUGAGAGCCCUAAAACACUAACAGUGCCUAUUUCAUUCAUAAAUUAUGAGAAAUGACGUUUUUCGUUUUUUUGGUUCAAGAUCCUAUGAGAGAAAUUUAGAAGCAAUUUUUUUUUCUUGUUCUUGUCUGCAUGUAUUAUUAGCAAUAAAACAUUUCGAUCAAAUUUAUUCUAGAGGCUCUUCCGUUUUGAAUGUAUUGUUAUCUUCCAAUAAAUGAGAGCCGUUAUUCACUUCUUCCUAAAAAAAGUUGUUCGUAUUUGAAAUGGUCGCCAAUGCAUCUGCUUCUGUUAUUUAAAAUUUUGUUUUCGUGAUUUUUUUCUCGAAUUUAAGCUUCAAGGUCAAAACUAUGAAAUUUCUCCAUCUUUUUAUUGAAGAUAUUUGAGAGCCUUGUUGUUUUUUUCUGUCUACUUCGCGGACUUUCGAAGGAAAUUUUCCCACGAACCUUCGAAUGUUGAAUUGUGCUCUUUUUCAACUAUUUAUGUUAUAAGAAGGAUAAUAGAGCUUCUUUGAGGGGCGCGCCGUAGCGCAACAGGAUGUGUGCCUGUCUACGGUCCACAGGGUCACAAGUUCGAUCCCCGUCUCGACCCAAUGAAGAAAUAUUGGUAGUGGGAAACCACGACCUCAAAACCCCCAACCGUCACACACAAGAACGGAUAUGUCACUAGAGCCAGUCCACUGAUUAUCAUUGAUAUCAGGAUAGGACCUCGGCUAACCGACUUGGGGCGCCGACGCCGCUCAAGCGGUAUAAAGGCGUAGGAAGAAGAAGAAGAAUAGAGCUUUUUCGAGAACAAAAUCAGUCAAAAUCAAAAUCAGUGUACCUGCAUUUUCCAGGCUUUCCCACAGUUUUUAAGAAAAUUCGUCAAAAAGACCAAAGAUCUACCAUUUUAAAUGGUUUCUUUUGUUCAUUAAUAAUUGGUGUUCCCAGAAGUAUCAAAUUUCGAAAGUCGCCUCGCUAUAUUUAAACGUUGACGAAAUUUUUGUGGACAUUGAAAAUUAAUAUGAAAAUUUCAGAACGUAAAAAGUCAUUCCUUUAUUAAAUGAGAGAAGAAACGUUCUUUGAAUGAAACUAAAAGUUUUUCUCGUUUUCGACGUGAUGACCUAUAGUUCAUUUAAUAAUAAGUGAAUAGUUAAUCUGAAUUAGAGUCAAAGUAGGAUCUGUCGUUACAAAAGUAGUUUUCUUUUUCUUGAAAAAGUUCCUGUUGAAAAAAAACGAACUUAUUAUCUAAAUCGACGCUUACUUGAUGCUUAUUUCUUCAGGAAAAUUUCGCUGUUUUAGCCUUCAAAGGUCAGUCCAAUGUUUCACCGUAGAAGUACGGCGCCUAGAUUGUUAUUUUGUGAAUGUGUUGCCGCAUCAAUGCGGCGACAUGUCAGAAGAAGAUAUUUCGAGGCGUCUCCGGGGGCCUUUUUUGCCUUCGUGCGUGUCGAGCACAGAUAUGACGAUUUAUGUUGGAAGUAAUCCGAUUUUCGCGGUGGACGAACGGAACUUGCUGUAGUUUCCAGGUCUUUCAGAACGAUGUUUUGCAGAAAAACCUCUAGUUGAUUCUGAAAAUAAAUUAAGUUUUCUGGGAAAGUUUCAUUUUCUACUUCAGCGUUUUAUAACAUUUUAGAAAGUUAAGUUUUUUUCAUGAAACGUUGGCUUCAAAUAGAAGCACGUGCUGAUAUUUCAGAAGUUCUUAACGUUAUGUGGCUAAAAGCGAAACAAACACUUCUUUAUAAAUAAAGAACGACGCCCGAGGCGUUCGUUCACACGAUCAAACUGACGCGCAGUUCCCUCUGUCCCAAUUCGAUUAGCUGCAAUCUAUUAUUAGAGUAUAACAAAAUUAGAGACAUCGCCUGAGCUUCCGCGAGAAAAACGGAAGCAAAAAAAGGGGGAUGAAACGUUCUAUUCAAGCAAUCCAAUAUAAUUAUGUGCGCAGAGAACGCGAAGUUUCACUUCAGACAACUCGACUUCCUUGAUAUAAUCGCGUUUUCGGAACAUCAAUCAAAUGCUGCAAGCUCUUGAAAACUUGAAUAGACUUCAAAAUGUCUCAAGAAGGUUUACUUGCAGAAAGUCGAGCAGAAAGAGAAGGAAAAGCGACAUCGCGAGCGACUCCGCAGCAUUGAACUACAACGCGAUCGCAUGCACCGCGCUGCUUGGUUCGUUUUGUCAAUUCUUCAAUAGAAAUUAAUCGAAAUCCAAUCGAACAAUGAAAAAAGGAGUAGAUUUUUUUAAUAUUUCAAGCUCUGACUUUCGAACGGAAGCCUAUAUUUUUUUAUUUGUCUUUUUGAGAAAUUUACACGAGCUUUUUAACUAGAGAACUGUUUUUAUCCGCCUCCCCCAGUUGAAAUUUUGAUGAAACUUUGCUGAAGUACUUUAGGACCUCCUGAUUGCGGAAAAAAAGAAAAAAAUUCUUUCAAUAGAUCUUUUUUUCGAGUUAUGAAGCUUCAAAGUCCGGAAAACACGCGAGUUAUGACAACAAGGGUCCUAAGCUAUUUCAGGUUUUUUUGAAGCGUUCUAACUCGAAAACGAGAGGGGGGAGGUAAAAAUGUUCCCUUGUAAGUAUAAAAAAAUGCACCCACAGGAAAGGAAAAAUUAAAAAGAAGACGCCUCAUUUGACUCAAACGAUCCUUUUUCGAGAGCGUUCAACUACGCCUUCAAAGGGCUUUUGACAAACUUCAAUGAGCACUUAAAGUUUAAGAAAAAAACUCGUAGGCCUUUUUGCAAAAACUUUUUGCUUCAAAAACUUGAAUAUUUUUAAUAUGCUUUUUUUGAUUGUUUCAUAUGGAAUAAUUGAGCCUCUCAAAGGGCUGAGGGGCUUUAGCCUUUUCCUAGUUGUCUUUUUUUGAAACUUUCAUUGCUUUUCUGGUAUAAAAAGAUGACGAUUCGUUGCUUUCUAUGAAACACAGACUUUAUCUUUUCGACAAAAGAGUUUCGGCCGACUUCGAGAGGCACAAAAAGAGUUUCGGACGCUUUUUUUCGGCAGCCGAUCUCCCAGGGGCACUGUCCAUCGGCUCAUUCCUUCUUUGUGGCGUCUUUUUUUUUUGCGCUUCCGCGCUUCAUAACUCGUCGAGAAGUUCUGGCAGGAAAUAGCUGACGUUUGGUCGCAGUUCAGCUCCUCGAGGGCCCUUUACUCGGAUUGGACGCGGCGCCAAACACCAGUUCAACUUUUUGGGUUAAAAUUAGCCUGAAGAAGAGCACUGAGAAACGUUUUUUUUCACGAAAAGUUUAUGUAUAAUUUUCUUUUUAAGGAUAGAUAGAACCAUGGGUUAGAUGGAGAUCAGAAACGGGCUUAUCUGGCUCAAGUUUUAGGGGAACAGUAACUAAACUGUACUGCAGAAACAAGAAACAGCGGUAGAAUUUCUUCUGUUUUUUUAGGCUUUUAUAACGAAUAAUUUCAAAAAAACUGAAUAAAAGUUUUGUUGAAAACUUUCAAAUUUUUUUAUUUUAGACUUCUGACUAUUUCGGAAAAAAAUUGAACGAGUUUUUUUGGCUGCAUAGUAAUAAUUUUUUUCUAGAAGGAAGAUAAGAUCUAUUUUUAGAUCAGGGUUGAUAUCUUUUUUUCAAAAAAACGUAUGUGCUAGUUUAUUUGUGGAAGAAUAUUACUUAUUUGCGCUUUUCGAGGUUCAAACCUGAAACAAUCCCCCCAAAAAAAUGAAGAACUGAUGAAUUGAGAACUCUGAAAUGUUUUUUUAUUAAUUGCGAAUUGUGGCUCAAAAAAACCUAUGACAUGUACGCGCCAAUGAAAACAGAGAUUCGUCAAGGCUGCCGACACCACCCUCAAGAAGGGGCGGCUUUGAUGUGCAGGACAUCCUUCAAAUGGAUUCCCGACGGUCCUUGGCUAUUUUUGGCAUUCAACGUUCUUCCCUUUUUUCUCAACAAAACAAAUGCAGGCACAUUGCAAAUUCCCGUCAAGACGCGUCUGUGGAAAAUCCGAUUAUCCUAACAUUCGCUCUUUAUAAGGGUCUUUUUUGCAGAGGUCGAAGAUCUCCAGUUUUUUGCUUUCUCCGUUGCUCUUUUCAAAUACUUGGAGACGCAGUCAAAGGCACGGAAGUAUUCGAAUUGAAUUGAAAACUUUACGUCGGGAAACGUCCAACUUUUUUGGCUCCUAAAAUUAAUCAGGACCAAGUUAACCAUUUUCAACUUUUGCUUGUUCAAUGACCUCUCACGAAGAGUUAAUUAUUUGUGUUCUGAAAAGCAGAAAAACUUUUUUUAAACUUGUCCUCGACUGUCUAGAAACUUCUAGGGCCGUGUCCAUAUAUGGGCAAGUACAGAACUCAUUCAGCCCGGGAGGAGGAGUUGGCUCACAAAAAUUUCGGAAAUUUUUGUUAUAAAAUCAAGUUUCAAUCAACCUCCGGGAGGUCGUUUUGGCCGAGAUGUACAAGUUUUAGCCUCAGAGAGGUAGUAUUAACUUCAAUUUAGAAAUACUUGGGAGGAGGGGUCGACGGCCUUAAAGAAUGGUCUGCCCAUGUAUGCCUGUGCCCAACUUCAAGGUUACUGAAGUCCAACAAGGAGAUAAAUAAUAUGCUUAGGGUAGACGGAUCACGGCGCCGACAAGGUUGCGUAUCGCGACACAUCAUUAAUAUUGGUGUAAUCUCGAUGUAGCUGAACAAUUGUGCUCUGCGUAAAUCGCGUGAUCCACAAACGAUUCAUCUCAAUCCGAGAGGUCGACAGCCACGGGACGGCCCACAGUCUUCUUCGAUUUGUUGUUGACAGCGUGAUCUCUGGAUUUAUCAUCAUCGAAAAGUUCGCAGUUUGUGAGACGAGAUUUAUUUUCAGACUAUAUUUUCUCUUUAGCCAAUAUUCUGUUUAAUAUAUAUUUGACAAAGAAGGUUAUUUCCCUUGAGCUUGAAUUUUUUUCGAAACCACCAAAUACUUUUUAUAACUAAGUUAAAUGAAGAGAGGACUUUAAAAUUACAAAUUUCCAUCUUAAUUUGAACAGUUAUUUUUUUGAAAUUGAUGCAUUGAGAAGACAGAUUAUAUUUCGAUUAGAAUCGAGAAUUUGGCCUAUAUUUCAAAUCGAUUUAAUAUUUUUUUCCUUUGUAGUUUAUAAGUUUUUUUCUGACUUCGAGUGAAGAUUCGUUGGUUGAUUUCAAAAGCCCGUGGACCACCGUUGUUGCUGGAAAUUGUCUGCCGGCGACAAAUCACCAAAAAUCUGAAAAUUUGCGACAAAUGAGCCGCCUCCCACCGUGUAAAAUUAUUACGGCGCGAACUUUGAACUUUGACAGCGCUGAUGGCGACUUUCACCUUUCAUAAGAUGGAUUUAUCACUUUUAGGCUUCUCCUCUGAGGGACUUUUACAACUAUUAUUAACUCUGGUCUUCGAUUAGGAAAAUAUAGGCUCUAGUAAGGUUUCCAGAGUUUUUCUUUUUAGGAUAGUUUUUGUAGGUUUUCUCUAAUGGAUUUGAUAAAAUGGAAGAUCAGCGAACUUUCAGUGAAUAUGCGUGUUUGUGGAAUAAUUUGUCGAAGAAAAACUCCAUUCCCAUUAAUUUGAGGUUCGAAUUAUUUCUAAGACAACCUUAUUUAGCAUUUUCCCAGGGUUGAGAGAAAGUUGAAAAGCAAAAGACCGAAGACGACAAUUUUUUUCGACUUAGAUGAGAGAAACGAAGACCCAAUUGGACCUCAUUUCUGCUUGGAUUGUUUCAACCACCGCAACCAAUUGUUUCCAGUUUAGCACACCAGGCUGGUGACGAGUAAUUGUCAUUUGAUCUCUUCAAGUUGAAUUGUUGUCGUCGCGAGAAGGCUCAGAAACCACCAAAGUGUUUUCGCGCUUCAACAGAAAACCCAAAUCCGGAGGAACAACGCGGCUAUUUUGUCCUGGAGGGUCGAAUGAAUUCCCUUGGAGACUAGCCGAUUUUUCAUUCUUCUCCCAUCUUUUGCUCAUCUUUUUUGGUUUUUUCUCUUCUUUCUUUGGAUGAAUCGUGGUCUGGUUGAACGGAAAUAAAUGUUCGAGUUGCGGAAAGAAAUUUCUAAACGUUUUGGAGAAUUUGAACAAAACUGUUCAUGAAGAUUAUCUUUUAGAGUUCACUGAAGUUGGAAUUCAUUUUAUUAAAAAAAGAAUGACUAAUCAAGAUAAUUGAAAAAAACAUUUUUUUCACUUAGAUAAAAAAACGUCGGUUAUGAAUUUGUAGUUUAUUGAAGAAAAAUUAUUGAAAUAUUUUUAAUCCUGAUAUAUGAAAUUUAUGAAAAAAAAUUCUCGAAAACAUAAAUGGUGCCAAGCGGUUCGUGUUAUUUCAAUCUAUGUGAAAUAGUUAUUUUUCGUAAGAUUCCAAAAAAAUAACGCCUUACCAAGGAGUGGUCUCCGGUUGCAGUGGGACCCCUGAAUGAGACCAAGUUUAAUAGAUGUAGUUUUUUUCACGUUGAUUCCAAAUAAAAUUCUUAAAACUUCCGAAGAGAUCUGUGAAUAAAGUUAUGGACCCUCAAAAGUCGAAAAUUCCAGUGUCUCCGUUUGAGCUCAUUUUUAGGGGUAUAUAAAUAUCGUUCUUCUGAAAAAAAAUUACUUUCUCUAAAAAAAUUUUGAGCCCAGAUAAUGAUUUUUCAAAACUUUGUUGAAAAUAAGGAAGUGCGGCUUAGGCUUAAAGCUUCAAGAAAUUUUCGGUUUUUUUCAGUGAAGAAGCGGCGGCGCAGUUUCUGGAGAUAGCCGCCCAGCCGCCGCUAAAGGUGACUGGGACACUUUUCGGGAAAGCAAUCAAAAUAUUGUGAAGCAGAUGAGCGCCAAGCACCGGCACUCGCUGCACUCCUCGGCGACGCCGCAUCUCAACGUCGACGUCCAUCGACAGAUGCACAACGGAAGCGCCGACCGUCUCGACAGCCACAGCGUUCGUUCCUUCGUUGAAGAAUGAGAACCAAACGACAAAAAAAUAAAUUAAUUAAUUUCUUUUGAAAUUUUCUCCUUCCUAAUGAUAUUUCGAAAGCAGUCGAUAUGGAAUGUUUUCAAACUUAGAAGCACACUAUUGAACUAUUGCCUCAAGUCGACGACUUGUCAUGAGGAGGUAGAUUGUUCCAACCCAUGAAAGUUUAUAAUUCUCAUGGUAGAGAUUUUUUGAUCAUAUUCUCUCUGAAUAUUCGAAGCUUUCAUCAAAAAAGAGUUUCACCAGUUUGGUUUUCACUAUUGCCAGUUUGAACUUGUCGCUCACGAUUUUUGGUGAGUUUCCACAAAAAAAAAUCUCGUCUUCUUCACUGUUCCAGUGAUUAUUUCGAAUGUUACAGGGUACCGGACCACAGAGAUCGACGUCCAGCGACUAUUGUAGAGCUGAGAAAAAGGUUUCUUUUCUGAGUUCAAAAAAUUUUAGCUGCAAGUGCGAAAAAAAAAGCUAUAAAAAUUGAUAAUUUCGUUUUCGGAAGUAUUCUAGAAGCUGAUCCGAUUUGGCGAAGAAUUUAUCGCAAGUAUCACUUUUCAGAAUUCAAUUUCGAGCACGACGAGAUUGCUCAAGUGGCUGGGCAUCUCAGAUUCGGAGAAGAAAGAUCUCGACAAACAUGGAAACAAACGUCGGAUGUCGACAUUCACGUGAAGUUGCAGACUCACCUCGCAUACCGUAUCUCUUGCUUUCUUCCAGACUCUCGAUAAAAUAUACGUUUUACGAUUCCUUUCAACUUUUGUCGGCUUUCGGAUAAAACUGACUCACGGGAGAGUUUUCAUCUAUCUGAAAAAAAUCUUCUGUACAUACACACUUUCAAAUUUAUCUAAUGAUCCCAGUGAAAAUCCAGGCUCACAAUGAGCUCGAUUUUGUUGCGACUUCCCUUUCCUCAUUAUCUGAUCUGAAUAAAUCUAUUUAUUGGAAUUUGUUAUUAUGUUAUCUUUGGGUGUGGUGUUGGUUAACAGGGCUUAACUUUUGUUAUCGAAGAGCAAAGUCAAGUUGAAAAGGGCGUCGCCACACUGAUAAACUGGUCUUUUUUCCCACCAUUCCUCUUAUUUCCAACAUGUUCUGCUUAGUUUUCCUAGUUGUGGGGGUUUUGGCCGAUACUGCCUUCGGACAGUGCAAUGUCGGCGAAGUCUACGAUCCCCAAACAUCCUAGUAAGUUAAAAAAAAGGGUUGGUUUAGGUUGUACAACGGAUAGUCGGAAAAAGUCUAAUUGAGAAAAAUAACCUUUAGAGAUCGAAAAGAUGAGAGAAUUGAUCGAUAUUUUACCGUGUCAUUGAACAGAGAAAAAAAAAUGAUAUCAAUGAAAGCUAAAGACUGAAUAUAUCGAUAGGAGUCUCUAAAACAAAGAACAGAAGGAAUCCUCGCCAUAUUCGUAGAACUGUCUUGUAGCUUUCAAUGGUUGUUGUGGAGUGUAGUUCCAAAAAACUCUUUUCCGCUGCUACUCGUUCCACCGGGGCCGUUUGAGGUUCUACGACUCGUACAACUUUUGCAUCAGCCGUCAAUAUGGACUCGUAUCCGUAGUCAACGCCUUUGAGAACAACUUCAUUUCUGGUCAGUUGCCAAAUCAAUCAUAUAACCAAUCCAUCCCGACUUGAAGGGCGAAGGAGACAGAGAAGUGGGCGGGACUCGUAGCGUGUGCGUACGCGGUUCCUGGCACGAGUUAAAUUCAAAAGCCACCGACUAUUCAAAAAGCUCGGUCGCCGCUCUUUUUCUACCUGUUCUACUAUUUUUUGCACACAUAAAAAAGGCAAUAAAUAAAAAAAGUUAAUGAAAAGAGCGAGAAACGAGCCUUCCACAUUGUCGCUGGCAGUUGAACUCGUGCCAAGAACCGCGUACGCACACGCUACGCGUCCCGCCCCCUUCUUCGCCUCCCUCGCCUUUUAAGUCGGGAAAAAUCGACUAUAGAAUCUGUCUCGAAAUGUUUUUGACUUUGUGAACUCGCAACAGUAAAAAGGUAUUUUUCGAGAGUACAAGGAUUUGAUAUCAUUUUUCAAAUUGGUAAAAAUAGUACAAAAAAUUUUGAAUGGAGCGAGUGAUAUGAUGAUUUCAGACAACGCGGAUAGAGUUUUGGAAAUGAGCAACGGCGACUUUUGGCUCGGCGGGAUGUUCUUCGACGGUAAUUUGUGUUGGGUCGACCAGGAACCCUUCUCUUAUCGAAACUUCGCUCCAGGUCCUGUUCUGAGAAUUUUUCAAAUAGUAACUUUGAAACUAAAGGUAGCAGUCAUGAGGUAUGUACCAGGGAUGCACGAGACGAGGUUUUUCAUCUCGAGACGAGUUCGAGACAAUUCGAAAUGAAUAAAAAAUACAAAUUUGUUUCCAUGUAACACUUGAAAACGACCAAAAGUCAAAAAUGUGCGAAAACUUCUCUUUAUUGAGAGAUUACGUGAAAUCUAAAACUGCGCUGUGGGCCAUCAAUAGAAACUUUUUAUGGUUCUUCUUUUCUCCGUCACAAAAAAAAACUUCAGAAGUUGGGGUUGAUUAAUCCAACUCGAGAUAUUUUUCCUCCGCUGCAACAUUCUGUUGACAUGGGGAGUCAUUUUACUGUUCCUACUGGAAUUUUCUACAAACUUGCUCAAACCAUUUUCGAUAGACUAGGAAUCGAUCCCGCAUAGUGGCUAUCUGCGCAAACUUUUCGUUUUGUAGAUAUGAAUUUUUAAAGUUUUCAUCGGUUAUCACGUGACCUUGUUGUGAAGGAAUGUGGCCGCGCCGACAACCACCGAUUGACAGCUAGGAGCUUGGUGCAGUCAGUAGCGAAGUAGUCCGCGGAGCCUAUGACGAGGGUUCGAAUCCUUUUGGCGCUAACUUUUUUUGCCGAAUUUUUUUGCAGAGUUAUGAGAGAAAUAUGGAAUUUUCAGGAGCAAAAACUUUCCGAACAUCUUCGUUAGCUCUUUUUUAUAUGAAAGCGCACGUUUGGCGAAUGAGAUUCUCGAAAAACUCUUGACGUUGUAGAAGACAACACAUCACCAGAGAACUUUUUAUGAAAUUUUACUGCAAGAUGUUACAUUUUGCAUCCAAGACAUCUGAAGAUCUUUGAUAAGGGUUUGGAGCCUACUGUAAUAUUUGUUUCAUGUUAUAUAAAAAUUCUUUUGAUGCUGUCUCCUACAGCUUCAAAAUGCUCAUAUGCAAAAAGGGAUCUUUUGAAUUUAAAAAAUGAUCAUUCAACAUUUUUGGGAUGUUUUUGAUUUUAGAAGUUCCAUAUUUCCCUCAUAACUUUGCAGAAAAAGAUCGGCAAAAAAAGUUAACGGCAAAAGGAUUCUAACCCUCGUCAUAGGCUCCGCAGACUACUUCGCUACUGACUGCACCACGCUCCUAGCUGCCAUUCGGUGGCUGUCGGCGCGGCCACAUUCCUUCACAACAAGGUCACAUGUUAAAGGAUGAAAACUUAAAAAAUUCAUAUCUACAAAACGAAAAGUUUGCGCAGAUAGCCACUAUGCGGGAUCGAUUCCUAGUCUAUCGAUAAUGGUUUGAGCAAGUUUGUAGAAAAUGAAAAAAAAAAAUGAAAAAAAGACUCCCCAUGUGAGCUAUCGAAAAAUGGGCCCUGACACGAUAAGAAAAGAGACAGUGCCUGGUUGAUGGAGAGCACAGACAGGCUAUGCCUUUUUGCGUGCCAAGCUAGCCGUGAAUCGGCUACCGGUUCUGCGAAAAUGAAGUGAAUAUGAAUGUGAAAACCUUGAAUGUGAAAAAGCUUGAGAUAAUUUGGAACAAAAAGUUCUAAGCUAAUAUGAGUUCCUCCAUGAAACGGAAAACUCGUUAACUUUUCAGGAAACGGAAACGCGACCGACAAAUGUGUGUCGAUGAGAGCUCAGGACGGACGCUGGGAUCUGACCGACUGUGGAGUUUCUUUGCCGUUCAUCUGUCGUCGACCGAUUGGCUUCACUCCCACAGCAACAGCUGGAACCUGCGGCGUUUUCACAACGACUAGUCCAGCGCCCUCGACUUCCGAUUCGACCAAAACUUCAACUUCCUCCUAUAGUACCACCUACAGCAAUUAA